AGGUAAGGUAUGUGGAUGACAAAGACGGUAACCAAAAACUUCAGAAUCUUGUCCAAAAACAAAAGAACAGCAUGAGAAACAGCUUAGCCUUACAUAGAUUGCAUGCACCCAAAACCCAACAAAGGAGUAAAUUUGGAGUGGUGCCGCCAUGGGUGAUUGUUAUGUAUAACUCCGUCUUCUUUAACAACUGUGUUCACCACCCAAACGAGAAGAAGAAGGAAGUCGACAAGUUCUGCAUCGACUGUCUUCAAUCUUUUUGCUCUCAUUGCCUUCCUUCUCAUGCUUUUCACAAGCACAUCAAGAUUCGAAGAUACAUCUACAGUGACGUGAUCAACCGACAAGAUUUGUGUAAGCUCUUCAAUUGUUCUGGCAUCCAGACAUAUCAUACAAAUAAAGCCAAGGUGCUAUUCUUGAAGCAAAGGACUCAAUCUCAUCAACAACAAAGUAGUUCAAGGGACUAUAAAUGUUCCAUUUGUGGCAAAACUUUACAAGAUAAUACUUCUCUUUAUUGCAGUAUCGCAUGCAAGGUGUUAAAUAUAUACAGAGAUGAAGAAAUAUUCGUCGGAUUGCCAUUAACAAAGAAACCAAGGUUAAGGCAAACUAGAAAAGGCGUCCCCCUACGAUCCCCCAUGUUCUAAUACAUUAUUUAUCUCCUUAUUUAUUAUUUUUAAUUUUAAAAAUGGAGGCUUUUAAGAAAAUUCCUUGUGUAGUUUAGUCCUUAACAUUUACAUCUUUUUAUUAGUUUUGUCUUUAUUCUUUUUUUUAGUUAACUUUGACCAUUAACCUUCCAAA